UCCUUAAGGAAGCUUCUUCAUGAAGGGAGGUGAAGCUUAAAAGUAGAUCUUGUGGACUUUGAAAAAUUUCAGGAAAAGGAUGCAAACAGCUGGUUUUAGAUUGAAGAAUUAUUGCAGUUUUUUUUUUAAGGUUUGGAUAUGGGAUGUGAAGGAAACUGAGGAGUAAUAUGAGGAACUGGUGUCAAAGAUGAGAUUCACUACCAAUAAAAGGCCCAAGACUCUGGAACCAGCGAAUCACAGUUUUUACAAUGGAUUUUCAGGACUCAGGCUGUAGAUGCCGUAAGAUGGGGCUUCAGCGACGUUCAUAUUGCAGACCCCAGGCCUGCAGUUGCAGUCAGAGGCACUCUCUGACCCAAAAAGGCAUGGCCAGACCUAGGCAACUCCGGGGCCUAGGAGUGUGCAUUACUGCGGUGCUGGCCUCCUUCAUCAUGGGCUUUACUGUGGGUUGGUUUAUUAAGCCUCUUAAAGAAACAACUACUUCAUCUGGUUAUCAUCAAAGUAUACAACAGAAACUCCUGUCUGAAAUGAAAGCUGAAAAUAUUAGAUCAUUUCUUCGUUCCUUUACAAAACUUCCCCAUCUGGCAGGAACGGAACAAAAUUUACUACUUGCCAAGAAAAUCCAAACACAGUGGAAGAAAUUCGGAUUAGAUUCAGUCAACCUGGUUCAUUAUGAUGUUCUCUUGUCUUACCCAAAUGAGACAAAUGCAAACUAUGUAUCCAUUGUGGAUGAACAUGGAGUUGAGAUUUUUAAAACAUCAUACCUUGAGCCACCACCAGAUGGAUAUGAGAAUGUCACAAACAUCGUACCACCAUAUAAUGCAUUUUCAGCCCAUGGGAUGCCAGAGGGAGAGCUUGUGUAUGUCAACUAUGCUCGUACUGAGGACUUCUUCAAACUAGAAAGAGAGAUGCACAUCAACUGCACUGGCAAGAUUGUUAUUGCAAGAUAUGGGAAAAUCUUUAGAGGAAACAAAGUCAAAAAUGCCAUGCUAGCUGGAGCCAUGGGAAUCAUUCUGUACUCUGAUCCAGCUGACUACUUUGCCCCUGGUGUACAGCCAUAUCCCAAAGGAUGGAACCUUCCUGGAGCUGCAGCCCAGAGAGGAAAUGUCUUAAAUCUGAAUGGGGCAGGUGACCCACUCACUCCAGGUUAUCCAGCUAAAGAAUAUACCUUCAGACUUCCUGUUGAAGAAGCAGUGGGGAUUCCGAACAUACCUGUACAUCCAAUUGGAUAUAAUGAUGCAGAGAGACUGUUACGCAACUUGGGAGGAACUGCUCCACCGGACCAAAGCUGGAAGGGAAGUCUAAAUGUUAGUUACAAUAUCGGGCCUGGCUUUUCAGGAAGUGAAUACUCCAGGAAAGUUAGAAUGCAUGUUCAUAAUAUUAACAAAAUCACAAGAAUUUACAAUGUAAUUGGAACUAUCAGAGGGUCUACAGAGCCUGACAGGUAUGUCAUUCUCGGAGGUCAUCGUGACUCCUGGGUGUUUGGAGGGAUUGACCCUACGACUGGGACAGCAGUUUUGCAAGAGAUUGCGCGAAGUUUUGGAAAACUGGUGAAUGGAGGUUGGAAACCUAGGAGAACUAUUAUUUUUGCCAGCUGGGAUGCAGAAGAGUUUGGGCUGCUGGGUUCAACAGAAUGGGCUGAAGAGAAUGCAAAGAUCCUACAGGAGAGAAGCAUUGCUUACAUCAACUCAGAUUCGGCUAUAGAAGGUAAUUACACUCUCCGAGUUGAUUGCACACCUCUUCUCCACCAGUUGGUGUAUAAAGUGGCAAGAGAGAUUUCCAGUCCUGAUGAUGGUUUUGAAAGUAAAUCACUUUAUGAAAGCUGGCUGGAAAAAGACCCUUCACCUGAAAAUAAAGAACGUCCUAGAAUCAAUAAGCUGGGAUCUGGGAGUGAUUUUGAGGCUUACUUUCAAAGACUUGGAAUUGCUUCAGGCAGAGCUCGCUACACUAAGAACAAGAAAACAGAUAAAUACAGUAGCUAUCCUGUAUACCAUACCAUCUAUGAGACGUUUGAAUUAGUACAGAAUUUUUAUGACCCCACAUUUAAAAAGCAGCUUUCUGUGGCUCAGUUACGAGGAGCAUUGGUAUAUGAGCUUGCGGACUCUGUAGUCAUUCCUUUCAACAUUCAAGACUAUGCAAAAGCCUUGAAAAACUAUGCAGCAAGUAUCUUCAAUUUAUCCAAGAAACAUGACCAGCAAUUGAGAGACCAUGGAGUAUCAUUUGAUCCCUUAUUUUCUGCUGUGAAAAACUUUUCAGAAGCUGCUUCAGACUUUCACAGAAGACUUACACAAGUUGAUCUUAAUAAUCCUACUGCAGUGAGAAUUAUGAAUGACCAACAGAUGCUUCUUGAAAGAGCAUUCAUAGAUCCUCUUGGUUUACCGGGGAGACCGUUCUACAGGCACAUCAUCUUUGCUCCAAGCAGCCACAACAAAUAUGCUGGAGAAUCAUUCCCUGGGAUUUAUGAUGCCAUGUUUGAUAUUGAAAAUAAGGCUGACACUCACCUGGCCUGGGCAGAAGUAAAGAAACACAUUUCUAUUGCAGCUUUCACAAUUCAAGCAGCAGCAGGGACCCUGACAGAUGUGUUAUAGGAACUUUUCUGUCAAGUAGCUUCAUCACUAAACUAAACUAAAGCUCAGUGUCUGAGAGUGAAACUGUUGGGGAGUGGGUCUUGGCCAAAUGGAUUCCCGGCAAAAGGUGCUGCUGAGAAUCUGAAGAAAAAGGCAUCUUUUUCUUUGAUGAUUUACAAAGGCAGACAAUCCUCUAAAACUGUGAUUGUCGUGACAUGUUUUAUCCUCCUACCUUAUUUAUCUGUAAAGAGGGUACUUUUUUAAACUCAUAUGCAUAUCCAGUGAAAGUGAAAGAGGAAGCAAGCCCAGUGCUCUCAGGCAGAUGAUUGCAUUUGCUGUGGUAUGUACACAUACAUGAAUGCAUUCUCAUAUCAGGUAAGCUUGGUUCUUUACUUCACCAAAUAAGUGAAAAUAAAAAGUUAUUUAAUUUACUCUGUUGGCAUCGAGAAGCAUCAAAGGAGAGGUAUGAGCAGAAUAUAAGGGCUGGAGGAUGGGAAGGAGUGCUGUGACAUGGUCAUCUGCACAUUACUGUUGCACACAUUAACUACAACUGUGUUAUAUGCACAAGAUCAAGCAAAAGAUUCCAGAACCAACCGGAGAUGGACUCAUGAGGUUCCACCUGCAAAUGAACAAACUACUGGUAGUUAAUGGCUAGGAGAGAGGAAGCCACGGUAAAUUGCCCAGUCCAGUAAACAGACGCACUACCAUGCACAUGCAAGCAAAUCUGGUUAAAUUCAGUGUUGUUUUAAGACAUGAAAGUAGUAGAAGGUGUUGGGAAGAGGAUAGGUUUUGAAGAAAUGGGAGAGUGGUAAGAGAAGGGAUUUGGGUGAAUACGCUCAAAAUAUAUUAUACACAUGCAGAAAAUUAUCAAAGAAUAAAAAAUUAACCUCAGAGGAGCACAAUAACUAAAAUAGUAAAGAACAGCUCAGUUGAGCACAAGAAGAAAUGAUCGCACUAUUCUUCCAUCCUGGCUAACAAGACAGUCUGAUUUAAUGAGUGGAGUAUUAGGUAAACACAAAGCUUGCUGAACCCCAUACUGUGUGCACGAGACAGGGCAGAAAGACAAGGGCAAGGCAACAUGGAGAAGAAAGCGAGCCCUCAUGUCAUAGUCUGGUUGAAGUCUUGAAAAAUUAUACAAUAACAGAAUUUGCUAUUAAUGUUGUCAAAAUGGAUAUUGUUUAUAGAGAGAUAUCUUAAGAAUGUUAAAAUGGUAUUAAGACAUGCUUCAAUUUAGGAUGAGAAUAAAUGACUCUUGAAUUUGGGUUUAUUCCUUUCCCACUUAUAAACCUGUAAUAUUUCAAGGAUUCCACAGGACUAUAAUAAGCUGUGUUUGUAGUAAAAAAUGUAUAUAAAUUUUAUUGUGAUAUAAAA